AUGGCGGCCAGCUCCAACUGGAUGCUGCUGGCCUCGGCCGUGCGCGACGUGGGAACCGGAACCGGCGUCGCGACAACCACCACCGGCCAGUCAGCGGGGACUCGUCGGGCAGGCGGCCUCAUGUUCCACCGCCACGGCAAAGUCGACGGCCACGACCGGAGGGUCACCGACCGCGGACGGCCUCGACCGCCGUCGGCCACCGACGCGGGACAGGCCAAUGCGUGCGGCGCCGUCUACUACACGUACUGCCCGGCUCUGCUGGACGAGUACCGGGCCUCGCGUGCGGUGUGCGUGUCCAGCGGUGCCGAUCACGUGGCCGUGUGCAACCGCGGCUCGAACCGGUUUGCCAGCCUCGAAGAGUGCUACCGGGCCUGCGGACUCCUGCAAGGGCCCACCAGGGACGCCUGCUUCGAGCAGCCACUCUUCACAGCCUGCGAGAGGCAGGACGUGACGGAAACCUGGUGGUACUUCGACGGGCACCGCUGCGUCGAGUGGGACUUCCCGCAGGGCGAGUGUCCAGUCAACGGGACCGGCAAGUUGCACGCCUCGCUCAGGGAGUGCCGCGACCAGUGCGAGGGCCGGCGCGGAGGUCGCCGCGACCCGCAGUGCCGCGCUCCGGCGUCGACCACGUGCGAGGAGGACCAGCUGCGGUUCCCGUAUUUCGCGCGAAUCCUACCCAGCGGCCGCGGCCUUUGCGUCAGGGCCUCGCUGAACGCGCUGCUUACCCACCGGUGCCUCGUGGGCGCCAACCGCUUCGACAGCAUGGCAGCCUGCAGGGACGCCUGUUUGCGGCAAUGAUCGCGGGCCGCGGUUCCCGGCAGGGUCUCUGCACGCAGCCCGACCUUGGAGGCCGUGGUCGGGAGAGCGUUCGCAUAUAUAUAUGCCAGGAGGAGUCGGCUGCACUUUGUCGCCUCUGGCGACGCUCUUUCUCAGAUGUUCCUAGACCAGGAAGCGUUCAUUAAAAGUAUUUUUCGCAAUGUCGUGGGGCACAGGUACCGUACGUGUGUCCCAGCUUGCGUUAGCCAAGUUGUGCAAGAUACAGAGAUAAUAAAUACGGUGUUCAGACGUCUG